CAUUUCAUUUCAAUUUAGCUUUCUCUACGAAAAAUAAAACAAACCAACUUUUUCAGACCAACAGUGAAACAUCAUUUUCUAUUUUUCAGUUCUCACAUGACAAGAAAAAAAUCGCUUCUAUAUAUAACACUCUUCAUCAUCUGUCAUCUUCAUAACUGAGAAUCAUCUUAGAGAAAGAGAUGAACUCUUUUGCUUGGAUGUUAAUCCUCUUAUACACAGCUAAUUUCCUCACAAGUUUGGCUCAUCAAAAUUGUGAGAUGUUAAGGAGCAAAGAUAUAUUGAUUUCCUCGCAGGCCAAAACGGAAGAAAAACAUGAUUGUGGGCGUGCAAGAAAGGUCACGGCGGCGGAGGAGAUCAGCCUGACCGGUAAGGGGCAGAAAGGGAAUGGCGCAUACGGUGGUGCCAACGUGGUUCACCGGCGGCCUGGCGAAAAGAGUCAUGCGACGUCGUAUAGGCCUUGCAUCUUCGUUUUAUCCGCCGCCAUUCUUGGUUUCAGCUUCUUCUCAUGAAGAGCAGUAUUUUGCUUGUAGAUUUUUUUGUUUUCCUCUGUAUAUUUGGUUGAUGAUUGUAUGUUGGUUUGGUCAUCACGUAUUUGUUUGAUUAAUAUACAAGUUGAUGGAAUCCUUAGGAAACA